AUGUCGUGCUCCAGCCUGUGCAUCCCUUCCUGUGGGGUGGCCGCCCCGGCCCCGCUGGCUGACACCGCCAACGAGCCCUGCGUGCGCCAGUGCCCCGACUCCACGGUGGUCAUCCAGCCCCCGGCCUCGGUGGUCACCUUCCCCGGGCCCAUCCUCAGCUCCUUCCCUCAGUACAGCGUUGUUGGCUCAGCGGGAGCCCCCGGUGUUGGAGGGGGUUACGGCGGCACUUUUGGAGGCCGUGGUGGUUUUGGAGGCUUUGGGGGCUAUGGGGUGUACGGAGGCCAUGGGGGCUCUGGGGGCUAUGGAGGCUUGUGGGGUUUAGCAGGGCCCGGGGGCUACGGAGGCCUUGGGAGCUGCGGAUAUGGCGGCUGGCGCCGUGGCCACAGGUACCUCAGUGGCAACUGCGGGCCCUGCUAA